AUGCCAGCGCCCACGGAUGAGAUCGCUGAGCUGCGGCAGGAGAUCCUUCGCCUCACCGAGCGCUUGAACAGCUUGGAGUCGCGGCUCGCCUCGUCCCCGGAUGCGGCAGGCGCGGCAGGGCAACCGGAGAGCGUGACGGUGACGGUGCCCACCAGCAAGAAAGUGGCUCCCACACCGGAGGAGGAUGGCCAACGAGGUUCUGCGGAAGAGGAAGGGGAGGACAAGGAGGUGAAGUUGUGCGAGAGCGCAUGGAGCUUAUUGGCCGUGGUCGGCUUGACGGAUGCCGGGCUGCUGGAUGUGGCCUUUUCGACGUUGCUGCUGCUUUUCAACAUCGUGAUGCAGUUCGGCUUCAUCAUGAUCAUCCUGGACAAGCGAUUCCUGGGAUCUCCUUUCCGUGACAAGGUCACCCACGCGCAAGAUUGGCGGACUCGCUCAGCACACGACUACAAAUAUCUGGAUCUGGCCGAUACAAGUUUGGUUUCCCGGGUCUGUGCAGAGGACGAUUCUCUACUGGUGUCUUCAACUCAGGCGAAGUUGAUUCAGGACAUCAACAAGUUUUUAGGCUUGCAGAAGGACGACUUCGAGAUGCCCUUCUGGCGGCCUGGUGUUCAGCUCUGUAUGCUUUGUAUCAUUCUCUACAACCUCUGCGUUUUCAAAGAGCUGCGGACCGUCUUCAACAGUGCCCAAGCCUUGCUCCGUGUCCCUCGCAACGGCGUCACGGUCAUGAAGGGCAACAGCUUCAAAACGAUCUCGCGCGGACGGAUUGGCGUUCUGAUGGUGGCGCAUGUCGUGCGCGCAGUUCUCGCCAUCACAUUGUUGAUCUCGGGCGUCCAGUGGUUGGCCUCCACCACAUCCAUCGUAGAUCUCAUCUUGAACGCUGUGGCACUGGGUGGUAUCCUGGAAGUGGAUGAGUUCAUUUUUGUGGCGCUGGUGCCGACGAAGAUUCAGCUCGCCGUCCAGAAGUUGGAACCCAUGAAGGUCCGGUAUCACCAGAAACGCAGUGACGCAGAGUCCGUCGUCCACUGCAUCAUGCUGUUGGCCGCGAUUUUGCUUCCCUGGCUCAUACUGCUGGAACCCAUUAGCCAGGACAUGCUCGCGGCGAAGCUGCAGUGGCACUCAGAACUUUGUGGUGUCCUUCAAUGCGGAUGUGCAGAUGGUCCUGGGCUACGAGACCUACCAUGCGCGCUCCCGCGCACUGCCCACUUUGUCCGAGCAAGCCGUGCGGACCUUCCGCUUCCGAAGCUUCAACGACACCCCCGAGUACUUCAACAAGGUCUCCACCCCCAAGGAGUUUGA